GGUCCCGUCUCCGCCAGGAAGACUUCCCUCCUCGCAUUGUGGAGCACCCCUCAGACCUCAUUGUGUCCAAAGGGGAGCCAGCUACUCUCAACUGUAAGGCAGAGGGCCGUCCAGUCCCAACGGUGGAGUGGUACAAAGAUGGUGAGCGCGUUGAGACAGAUCGUGAUAACCCCCGCUCCCAUCGUAUGCUACUACCAAGCGGCUCCCUGUUUUUCCUGCGAAUCAUCCACGGACGACGGAGCAAGCCAGACGAUGGCAGCUAUGUUUGUGUGGCUCGAAACUAUCUGGGCCAGGCGAUUAGCCACAAUGCAUCCCUGGAAGUAGCCAUUUUGCGUGACGACUUCAGGCAAAACCCUGUCGACGUUAUGGUUGCCGUUGGUGAACCCGCAGUACUGGAGUGCCAGCCCCCCCGUGGACACCCAGAACCCACAAUUUCCUGGAGGAGAGAUGGUGCCAACUUGGAUGACAGAGAUGAACGCAUUACAAUCCGGAGCGGCAAGCUCAUGAUCACCAACACCAGGAAGAGCGAUGCAGGAAAAUACAUUUGUGUUGCAACAAACAUGGUGGGAGAGAGGGAGAGCGAAAUUGCCGAGCUCACAGUUCUAGAGAGGCCAACCUUUGUGAAGCGUCCCAGCAGUGUAGUGUUGUUGGCUGACGAAAGCGUGGAGUUUCACUGCAUGGUUCAAGGAGACCCCGUUCCUACUGUCCGCUGGAGGAAAGACGACUCUGACCUACCUAAGGGCAGAUUUGAAAUCCUAGAGGACCACACUUUGAUUGUUCGCCAAGUUACCUCUUCAGAUGAGGGCUCCUAUACAUGUGUUGCAGAGAACAUGGUUGGGAAGUCGGAAGCGUCUGCCACGCUCACUGUGCACGUCAAUACUGUGCCCCCUGUGUUUGCCAUUCGCCCCAGGAACCAGGCGGUGUCAGUAGGCAGGACGGUCACCUUCCAGUGUGAAGCCACUGGUAACCCACAGCCUGCUAUUUUCUGGCAGAGGGAGGGCAGCGAGAGUCUUCUGUUCUCCUACCAGCCACCUCAGCCCUUCAGCCGCUUGUCCGUCUCUCAGAUGGGCAGCCUGACCAUCACGGAUGUUCAGCGCCCUGACGCCGGCUUCUACAUCUGCCAGGCUCUCAACAUUGCUGGCAGUGUUAUUACUAAAGCACUGCUUGAGGUUACAGAUGCUGGGUCAGACCACCCUCCUCCCAUCAUUAGACAAGGCCCAAUCAACCAGACUGUUCCUGUAGACAGCACAGUGGUACUGGGUUGCCAAACUGCUGGCACCCCACCUCCCACAGUCCACUGGAAAAAGGAUGGUGCAGUGGUGUCUCCUGUGGAUUCUCGAAUGUCCCUAACAGAAACCGGAUCACUGAAGAUCCACUAUGCUAAACUUGGAGAUUCAGGAUUCUACACAUGCAUCGCCUCCAGUCCAAGUGGAGAAGCUGCCUGGACAGCAUAUUUGCAAGUAGAAGAAUUUGGCGUUGUUGUGCAGACAAUUCACCCUAAAGAUACUCAUCUGACUCCUGGUGCUCCAUCUAAACCUGAAGUUUCCAACGUCAGCCGCACUUCUAUCACUCUGUCAUGGCAAUCCAGCACUAAUCCAAGUGCACCACCGGUGUCUUACUUAAUUGAAGCAUUCAGUUACACAUUAGGCAACAGAUGGGUGACUGUAGCAGAGCAUGUGAAGGCAGAGAACUUUGUCCUGACAAACCUGAAACCUGGAGCUGUUUACCUCUUCAUGGUCAGAGCAAUGAAUUCUUAUGGCCUCAGCGAUCCCAGUCCGAUCUCUGAUUCUGUCCGAACCCAUGACAGCGGUUUCACCAUGCAGGGGGUGGACCAUCGUCACAUCCAGAGAGAGCUGGGAGAUGUUGUGAUACACCUGUACACACCAACAGUGCUGUCAUCUUCUGCUGUUAGAGUAAAGUGGAUGGUGGAGCAGCAGUCACCUUAUAUCCAGGGUUACAAGGUGCUUUACAGGACGUCUGCCGAGCAUGGCCAGCCUGAGGCACAGUGGAGUGUCCUGGAGGAGCGGGCUCUGCCGGAGGACGGGGUGAUGAUCGGUCAGCUGAAGAGAGGGGCGAUUUACGAGUUCAAAGUGCGGCCUUUCUUUGAUGAGUUCCAGGGAGCUGACAGCGAGGUGAAGGUGGUCCGGACAUUAGAAGAAGCCCCUAGAAGAGCCCCCCAGGGUGUCACUGUCACAAAGAGUGAUGCCAAUGGGACAGCUAUCAUUGUUUCCUGGAAACCACCCUCAGAGGUGGAAGAGGAUGGAGUCAUUCAGGAAUACAAGAUCUGGUGUUUGGGUAAUGAAAGCCGCUACCAUGUGAACCAGUCAGUGGAUGGUUCCACCUUCUCAGUGCUCAUUCCCAGCCUGGCUCCAGGAAUCCGCUACAGUGUCGAAGUUGCAGCCAGUAAUAAUGCYGGACCAGGAGUCAAGAGUGAUGUUGCUUUCUUCCAGUUAGACUCCACAGGCCAGAUGAUGGACAUUAGUCACAAAAGAGACACUUUGGCUCAGAUCUCAGAUGUGGUGAAGCAGCCAGCGUUCAUUGCUGGCAUUGGCGCCACCUGCUGGUUGAUUCUCAUGAUUUUCAGUGUGUGGCUCUAUCGGCACCGUAAGAAGAGGAGUGGCCUCAGCAGCACUUACACUGGCAUCCGRAAGGUCCCAUCUUUCACAUUUACACCCACAGUUGCAUAUCAAAGAGGAGACACSGUGUGCGGCGCUGGCAGAGCUGUCCCUCUCAGCAUGGGCGAGCCACUGAACCAGCUGUGGCUGCCAGAAAACUGGCCCAGUGCAUGUGCCAAUCACAAGGACUGCAGCAUCAACUGCUGCAAUACUGGCAACGGCACCAGUGACAGUAACAUGACAACGUACAGCCGGCCAGCUGACUGCAUAGCCAAUUAUGGAAGCCAUCCAGAAAACAAACAAGGAGGACAGCUUGGUUCUGAAACAGCCAUCUACAGUGACGUGAACCUCUCCAACAAGCUUAGUGAGAUUAAAACCUAUAACAACUCCAAUUUUUGCUAUGCAAGUCCAGGAGGGGAUCCGUCAGCCACAUAUGAGCCCAUUCCAUAUGCCACAACACAGCUCAUCCAGGCCAGCAUCAAAAACAAGGCAGCCACCAGUGGCUCCGCAGCAGAGCCUCUAGAUAUACCCUGCUGGAAACAGCCGCCAAAUCUGCCUCCAAUACCCAAAGAGUUGGCUGCACAGAUGCAGCACAACACAGCUGAGCAAAGCAAAGAUCUGCAUGGAAGCAUCAUGUACAGCCAGAGCCGAGACCAUAGCACCGGCGGCUCCCACCACAGCUCAGACAGAGGCAGUAACAGCACCUCAGGGAGUCAAAAUCAAAAGAAAGCAAUGCAGGCCCAAAAUAUGCCAAAACAUAAUGCAGUAACCUGGGGGGAAGCCAUGUCUGCACCUCAUGCUAAUGCCUUGGACUGCGAUGAGUAUAGUCUGCCCAUGGAAGUGAGCUUUGAUCCAGAGGACAGAAUAAGAAGUUGCCCCACCCCUCCAGUUCGAGGAGCUCCUUCAUCUCCUGCCAAAGUGUCCUGCAGUCACCUAGUUGCCACACCCCCGCAGGGAAACCUGAGCAACGGCCUACARGAUGGAGCCGAACACCUCAACCACACCUACAGCUCCAUCCCCCUCUGCUUGGACGCAGAUGGACAAGAAGACAACGAGGAAGAGGUGGAGGAGGAAACGGAAGCAGAGCUAGCUGAAGCUCUCUACAGCCAAUCCCACCACCCCCACCAGAAGCACAAGCACCAGCUGCACCACCUCUCUCCGCACAAGCAGCUCCUCCGAGAGCUGGAGCAGACCCCGGCCUCCUGCACCAGAGACCUGGACAGAUCCGUCACAGGGUCUAUGGUUAACAGCUGGGGCUCGGCAUCGGAGGACAACAUCUCGUCAGGCAGGUCCAGCAUUGUCAGCACCUCGGAGGGUUCUUUCUUCACAGACGGUGAUUUUAGUCAGGCAGUAGCCUCGUCGCGGGAUGCUGUGGGACUGCCGGUGUGCAGGUACCCAGAGGAGUCAGACCGGCGACAGCAGCGAGCAAGCAGCCCUAUGUCAACGGACAGCAACAUGAGUCCUGCUAUAACACAUAAAAGGCCCAGAAGGCAUAAACCAAACCAGUCGGGUCAACAGAGCUGCCAAUCCAAAGAUAUAUUUAGUGAUGGUUCGUUUUGUUCUGCUUUAUCCCCAGACACUUGCAUGCCUCUAAAUUUCACUAGUCAAAUGUCCCACUGUGACUACAAAGUGAGAGGGGCCACUCUGCCUCGGAUGGGCUCUGGGCAGGCCCGGGGCAGACGAGGCAGCGCUGGGACAAGCAAGGUCAGAGAAGGCGCAUUGGAGCAAAGAGAGAAUCAGGAGACACAUAAAACUCCACAAGGAGGGAAAGGAAAUAGCAAAAGCCGACAGCACUCAGAAUUUAGGGACAUACUUCUUUACAGUCGUCCCUCUUUCCCAUCAGGCCACGCUCAGAGGGAGCAAGGCUCGAAUUCCUCCGGCUUUCAAUCUUGUGGCAGCUCCAGGACCAAACAGGGAGAGCAGGUUCCCUCUACAGGACAGGUGGAUGAGCUGCUGAAAAGCUAAGGUACAAUAUAGGAGCAAGAAGAAUACCCUGCAACUGUUCCAGAGGACUUUUACAACAAGGACAAAGAUACUGCACAAUGCACAAUAUUUUCUACUUUGAAUUUUUCAUUUGGUGUUGAAAAAAAGAAACUGAGAAAGUUUGUGGACUUGUUUAUAAUGUUUUUUUUGUUUGUUUGUUGUUGUGUACCAGCUGCUUCCAGGUCUCUGAUCUGCUGGUCAUUAAAAAAGUAUACUGAAUGCACACUUGAUGGCUGACAUGAGUGUCUCCAGAAGUACUGCUUGAUGCGGUUUGUAUGAUAUUUGUUUGUCUGUUGUUUCGUAACUGAUCUACGGUCAUUACCAGCCAUCUUGUAAAUUGUUUACUGCCACAGAAGUGCUUCAAAUUUUAUAUAUAUCAGUGUUAAUGUUUUCUAAGUGAUGUACAUCUUGUCUGUAUAAUUUGUUCUACUUGGGUUUUAAAAGCACAAUCACUUGAUUUUAUUCGAAGUCAGUGUUAAAUGAAUUUUAGACAGGAGGAAAUCAGUUGCUGGCGUCUCGUUAAUCAUUUUAUCACUUCACACCACGCUGGGAAAAAAGAUAAUUCAUUGUGAUUGUGUGUUCAGUUGUGUAUUUUGAGCUGCUUUCAUACAGAUUUAAACUAUCUGUUGUGUGUACUGAGAGACUUGCAUGCAGAAUCAAAUGAAGGGUUUUUCUCAACAACUUCACUACUUUGCCUUUGGGAUGAUGAAACAUAUGAUCAUGGACUGGUUCCAUUUAUUGUUUCUUUUUUUCUCUCUCCUUGACUUUACUUACGAUGUAUGGAGCGGAGUUGAACAUUAAUUUACCAAACUAAAGUCUUGGAAUUCUUUACAGACAUUAAUGUGUUCACCUUACUAUCCAAAUAUGUCUUUAUUUAAAUUGAGAAAGCCUUCAAAAACCACUGUAUUCUUCAAUAAAGUUAUUAUUAAGCAA